GGGUGGCGAGAGGGCGGCCCCUCGGUGAGCCGGUGACCCGCGGCCGCCGCCCCCCGCCAUGGGCGUGCAGCCCCCCAACUUCUCGUGGGUGCUCCCGGGCCGGCUGGCGGGCCUGGCGCUGCCGCGGCUUCCCGCCCACUACCAGUUCCUGCUGGAGGUGGGCGUGCGGCACCUGGUGUCCCUGACGGAGCGCGGGCCCCCGCACGGCGACAGCUGCCCGGGCCUCACGCUGCACCGGCUGCGCAUCCCCGACUUCUGCCCGCCCGCCCCCAACCAGAUCGACCGCUUCGUGCAGAUCGUGGACGAGGCCAACGCCCGGGGCGAGGCGGUGGGCGUGCACUGUGCGCUGGGUUUUGGCCGCACGGGCACCAUGCUGGCUUGCUACCUGGUGAAGGAGCAGGGCUUGGCUGCAGGAGACGCCAUCGCUGAAAUCCGACGCUUGCGACCUGGCUCCAUCGAGACCUACGAGCAGGAGAAAGCUGUCUUCCAGUUCUACCAGCGAACUAAAUAACAGCCUGGGCACCUUCUCCAGGCCCCUCGCACCCUGCCCCCGUGUGGGGUGAGUGGCCGGGACUGAAGGGAAGUGACUAAAGGACUCAACCCUUUAAUCCAAGCCCGCCUGUGUCACCCUGUCCCCUCUCCUACGGAGAAGGCCUGGAUGGCAGGCUCAAGGGUGAACACCAAUCCCUCUCUCUGGGGGCGGGCCCCUCCUGCCAGCCUCUAGCCCACUGUGCUGGCCCCACAGGGUCAGGCCAAAGGAUGCGUUUUCGAGAGUUGAUCAUUAAAGGAAGAGCUCCCGACUCUGAGU